AUGGCCGCUGUUCUCGCUGCCCAGCUCGCUCGUCCGUCCAUCCGACACUUCUCCGCACACCGGCCGCGUCCCGACAGCCGCACGUCUCGCGCGAUUGCCAUGUCCUGCCUGAUCUCUGGCGUGGUCCUUCCCUUUGUGCCUCCGGCCAUCGAAAGUUCUCGCCAACGGACCUCCGGCUCUCCUGAUCUCAAGAAGCCCCACCCUCCACUGUGCUUCCACGCUCGCUAG